AUGAGUCAGCUCCCCAGUCUAGGCUGCCACACGACGGCCCGCCAACAGUUCACCCAACAGCAGCAGCAGCAGAUGCUGCAGCAACAGCGCGCAGCAGCGGCGGCGGCCAGCAAUCCCAAGUCGUCCUCGUCGUCACCCAAGUCUUCGUCGUCGUCCAAGCCUUCCUCAUCGUCCAGGAGAAAGAAGAAGGCUUGUGCCAAAGACAAGGACAAAAUCAAGCGGCCGCUCAAUGAGUUUUUCCUUUACAAGAGAGACAAGACGCAGGAGUUGAAGCGAACAAAGGCGCAGCUCAAGAUGAAUACGCUCAACGCGGAGAUUGGACACUUGUGGCAGAACGAAAGCCAGGAAGUGAGAGAUCAUUACAAGAGGCUGGCAGAGAAGCAGAAGGAGGAGCACAAGCGGCUCUACCCCGACUACAAGUUUCAGCCACGCAGACAGACCGCCAAGCCAAAGUCAUCGGCAUCGUCAUCGCCGCCGCCAUCGCCACGACCAACGUCGCGUGCACCCGCCAAGUCUUCUGAUGCCGCAACCGUUCCAUGA